GGCCCUCCUAAACACCUUUGACUCCGCAACCACCACCACCACCCUUCGGUUCCGCCUUCUCGCAACCUAUUUUCAUACUCUGACGCGGAAGGCGAAAGAAAAGAAAAAGAAAAAAGCCUUCCUCCCUCCCCCGCCCGCGAGAGGACUUCAACGAUUUUAUCGUCACCAUCUUCUCUCUCUCCUGUCGAGCGCGAGAGCGGAUAAGGGGUAAUUACAAAUUAUGGCCUCAAACAGUACACCUUCGCCUCUUCAUCUUUCUACCCAGGAACUCAAGAACGCCGCUGCCGGAGUAGUAUCGGAACAGGCAUCGCUUCCUCGGCCUCUCAGGAGUUCGCAAAGCUUCAGGUUGGACGAGGGUUACAGUGGGGAGGAGACGCCCAUUGUGUACGACGAAACGAGCGGUCAGGAUUUACGAGCGGUUAGAGAGGGCGUGGACUUUAAGAUUCCUCUUUGGAUGGCGGGCUUGAAUGAUGCUCUGAGGGAAGGUAUGCUGAUUUUAUCCGAUCCCCUCGUCUCCUGGCCCGCCCAUCACCUUUCUGUUUUUUUUUUUUGUUUCCAGAAAUAUUGUGUGAAUGGCUGCCUAUUACUUGUGUUUCGUUCCCUCCGCAUCUCCUGCCGUGCCACUUCUGCCCCUGGUUACGUGAUGGAAGCGUCCACUUCCAUCCCUUUUCCUCUCUUGCUGCACCUUUUGUCAGAGCCUGGUGCUGUGUACUCGCUUUACCUGGUUCUAACAAGUGCGAACAGAAUAUGCCUACAAGCUCAUACGCACCCUGCCCACUUCGCGUAUCGCCUCACUGGUUGACCGUUUAGUUCCUAUUCUCUAUCUCGAUUUCGUGCAGAUGCUACCUCCUGAACUGUCGCUUCAAAUCCUGUCGUACCUGCCCGUUCGCUCGCUCCUCAAUGCGUCUUUGGCCUCCCGAACCUGGAGACGCUUUGCGCUCGAGCCCAGAUUAUGGAAGGAUCUAUACGAAGUGCAGGGCUGGAGAUGCAAUGAUUCGGAAGUCCUGGGGCUCGAGAAUCAACUGCGCGAGGAACCGGAAGACUACAUGAGGCAGCAGACGGAUGUGAAGAGGAAGGCUGAAGACCAGAAGGACGAGGAGAAGGAUCUAAGGGAUAUUGCCAGGAGGAAUUCCGAGCGAUUCAGGACUAGCGCUGAGAGAUCUGGUGUUGGGACAUCUUCGGGCUCGAAUUCUCCAGUUGCCAUGGAUACUGCUCAUGAAUGGCCGUCCCAGACAACCACCAGCACCGAGGUGGACAUGAAUAAUAUCACCCAGAGCACAGAAGGUCUGGACAUGAGCUUCUAUUCCAAUGUAUCCCACAAUUCUGGGCUGAGACCAGGACGGGGUGCCUCCUUUACAUCGGGCCCUACUGUCCCUGAGGGUGAAGAGAUAUUCUCGACUUGUCCGGCCGCACCCACAACUUCGAUACCCCAGACAACCUAUCAAGAACUUCCGCUUCCCGUUGAACCCACUCUGACUGUUCCCGGAUAUGGAUCUCUCAGAAUCAAUUGGGCAUUUCUCUUCAAGCAUCGAAAGCGCCUUGAGGACAAUUGGUUGCACAACCGAUACUCCACUUUCCAAAUUCCGCAUCCCGACUUCCCCGCCGAAGGUCAUGCUGAGUGUAUUUAUACUAUUCAGUAUUCCCCUAAUUACCUUGUUUCUGGCUCCAGAGAUCGUACUGUCCGGGUUUGGGACAUGAAGACUAGGAGAUUGAGAGAUAAGCCACUCGAGGGCCAUGGCGGCAGUGUUUUAUGCCUGCAGUUCGAUGAGAGCCCAGAUGAGGAUAUUUUGAUUACCGGGUCUUCAGACGAUAGCGUUAUUAUCUGGAGAUUUUCCACUGGGGAGAAAAUUCGAACGAUCAAGAAGGCCCACCAGGAGUCAGUCCUGAACUUAAAGUUCUCAAAGAAGUGGUUGGUUACUUGCUCGAAGGAUAAGCUCAUUAAGGUUUGGAACAGGCAGCAAUUGGAGACAACAGAUCAAGACUAUCCCUGGCAUUCGAAGCUGCUGUUUGGGAAUAGCCAAGCGGCUCGAAGUCACCCUCACCGCCCUCCAAGCCAGCGGGCUCAAGCAGCGCGGGUCGUUCAGGAUCCUGCGGCUGGUUCUGGCUCUGGUCUUCGUAAUCCUUAUGCCAGUGGUGGGUUUGUCGGCGCAGGGGCCCCACCAAAGGGGGCUCUGCCGAAGACUCUUCCACCUUACACCACCGUGCAGGUCCUUACCGGACAUGCUGCGGCGGUCAAUGCUAUUCAACUUUAUGGAGAUCAGAUUGCUAGUGCCUCAGGUGAUAGGCUCAUCAAGUUGUGGAAUCUAAGAACGGGCACUUGUGAGAAGACUUAUGUUGGACAUACCAAGGGGAUCGCAUGUAUCCAGUUUGACGGUCACACGAUCGUUUCUGGAAGCUCCGACCAGACAAUCAGAGUCUUUGACGGUGGAACCCAAGCCGAGAUCGCAACCCUCGCUGGGCACGGCGCAUUAGUCCGAACGGUUCAAGCGACCGAGAACCGCAUAGUCUCUGGCAGCUAUGACGAGACCGUACGCAUCUGGAGAAAGGACACGGACGGCCAAUGGACGGACAGUCACGUCCUCCGUCAUGGCGGGCCAGAUAGCCGUCACCCCCGCCCUGCACAUCUUGGAAUGCACCCAGUGAUGCCCGGCAACCUUCAACAAGGCACGAUACCCCAGACACCAAUCCCCCAAGCAGCCAUUCAAAUGCACCAAGUCCACACCAUUGGGCCCGCACUCGCAGGCGCCAUGGCAGCAGCGCAGCUCCUACCGAACCACCAGCACCACAUUCAUCACCCGCCCCAACUUCCACCACCUCCCCCCCAACCACAGGCUCAGCAGCAACAGGUGCCACCUGCACAUCCUAUACCCACGGCCAGCGGUACUCACCGCGUGUUCAAGCUUCAAUUCGAUGCCAGGUGGAUCAUUUGCUGUUCGCAGGAUAGCAAGAUCAUCGGGUGGGAUUACGCCGCGGGCGAUCCAGGCAUUAUCGAAGCGAGCCGGUUCUUCGAAGGAGGGAAUUAAUUAGCUGAUUAAUCUGAGGGUUGUGAUCGUCUUCUUUUUUCCUCUCUUUUCUGGCUGUUUGGGUGAAUUACGGAUACCAUUGUCUAUUUCUUAUUAUUUUUGUCUUCCUCUGCUCUUACCCUUCUAGUUAGCUACAAUAUCUACCUUAUCUCCGCACUAGCUUACGGCUCGCAUAACAUAACUCACUACGCCUUGUUUUCCUUUUCGCUCCUUCUCGUUUCUACCUCUUUCUAUCUCUUCUCCCAUCAUGCAUAACCUGUUUUCGCAGCGAAAGAAAUGACUCAGCUAAAAUGGAUGGAUUGGUGUUUCUCCUCUUUUCUUCUUUCUUCCAUCUCGUAUCGUAUCAUAUCUCACCACCUACCGGUGCUACUAAACGCUACCGACCAGUGGCAACUCUCGUUGUAUUAUCUCCAUUUAUUUUCUUGUUUAAAGAGGGGCUUUCCCCUUCUGUUCUUUUCGUUUUGUCCUAGUGCAGGGUGGUUUUUUUUAUAGUUUUCCUGAUAUUAUUGAGCUUUUUUUUGUUAGUUUGUUUGCUACUGGUAGAAAGGAAUCGAAGGGGGGAGGGGGGAUGGAUGACGGAUUGUAGGUAGUCGUCGAAUCGGAUAUCGGUAGUAUAGCGUUUCGGGUUAGGGGUAAUGAAUUUAUGUUUAUAUUGUUA